AUGAGUGAUAAUGACGUAAACAGUGACCGUUCGCCUACUUUGACUCCGCCUAGAAAAUUACCCAAAAAAGGUGCUUGGACAAGAAAAAAGGAAGGUAACGCAUUAUCGCAACAACGUGUACAAAAUUUUAGACAGCAAUGGUUAAACGACCCGACUUUUAAAGACUGGCUUUUGCCAGACACCAAUGAUUUAACAAAAGCUAAAUGUGUAUAUUGCCCGGGAACAUCAAUGGUAGCUGAACUAUCCAAUUUAAAAACUCAUGCCUCUACCAAGAAACACCUAAGCAACAAACCCGGAUCCAGUGGAAAAACACAAGCAUUAACAUCGCUUGGAUUCCAAAGAGGUAUAACUCCACAAAAUAGAGAAAAAGCUCGUGCAGAAAUUAAACUUUCUGCUUUUUUUGCGGAGCACAAUAUUGCAUUCUCGGUUGCUGACCAUUUGACAGAUUUAUUAAAAGAAGUUGUGACGGAUUCUAAAUUAAUCAAGGAAAUUGAACUUAAACGAACCAAAAUUACAGGUGUGAUAAAGAACGUUCUCGGAGAAGGUCAUAAGGCAGAUUUAGCCCAAAAACUACAAAAAAAUCAGUUUUCGGUGAUGACGGACGAGACGACCGAUGUGUCUACGGUCAAAACUGCUUGCGUUGUGGUACGCUAUUUUGAUCAAGAAGCUCAAAAGAUAUGUAGCGCAUUUUGGGAGCUGUACAAAGUUUUUAAGGAAACACCUGAUGCUGUUGAUAUUCCUACUGCCAAUGCCGAGAAUUUAUACAGAGCUCUUAUUGAUUCAUUUACUAACCGUAAUGUUCCAUUAACAAAUGUGAUCGGCUUUGGCUCAGAUGGGUGUAAUGUCAUGAUGGGUGAUAACGACUCAGUGAAAACAAGGUUAUUACGCGAUUUUCCAGGAAUCAUAAUCACGAAGUGCGUUUGUCAUUCGGCCCAUUUGUGUGCCAGUGAAGCCUGUAAACAGCUGCCUGAAGGUGUAGAACAACUGGCUAGAGAUAUCUACAACUUUUUUAAACAUAGUGAUAAACGGCUAUUUGAUUUUCGUAACUUCCAGUCGUUUGCUGCAGUGGAGCCUCACAAAAUACUGAAACCAUCACAGACAAGAUGGCUUUCCUUAUUAUCAGUGGUUGAAAGGAUAUUAGAGCAAUGGGAAGCCCUACGUCUUUUUUUUAUCGAUUUUACGACAAAUCGUGCACAUAGAGCAAGAGCCGAUGUAAGAAAUCGAGCAGUAUUUAUUCUCGAAAAACUCAGCAACCCAUUCUACAAACUUUAUUUCUGUUUCCUUGAAUGGUCGCUCCCUUUAUUCAAUAAGUUCAAUCUGGAAUUUCAAAGCGAGAAAGUAGUUGUUCACAAUCUACAUGAGAAAAUUCGUACACUCUACCAGGAAAUCCUAUUGCGUUAUUUACAACGCGAAUAUGUCAUGAGGCCAAAUCUUGGUGAAAUAAACCCUUAA